AUGGUGCUUGCCCUGCCAGUGGCCCUCGUCACGCGGUCCCGGCAGCAGUCCGGGGACAAGGGACUUCUGCACGGGCUGCACGACGACCUCCGGGACAACAUCCUCAACUACGAUGAGCAGGGGGGCGGAGAGGAGGACCAGGAUGCCUAUGACAUCAACCAGCUGCGCCACCCAACAGAGCUGGCAGCCCUGCGCUCCCCCCUGGGACGGCCGCCACUGCGCCGAGAUGCCCCGUUCAGCCGAGUGCGCCCCCAGCCACCCCGCAUGCUGCCCACCAGCCCUGCCGAUAUCGCUGACUUCAUCAAUGACGGCUUGGAGGUGGCAGACAGUGACCCCAGCGUCCCACCCUACGACACAGCUCUCAUCUAUGACUACGAGGGGGAUGGUUCUGUGGCAGGAACGCUGAGCUCCAUCCUGUCCAGCCUGGGGGACGAGGACCAAGACUACAGCUGCCUCCGGGACUGGGGCCCCCGCUUCGCCCGGCUGGCUGACCUGUACGGACCCCCGUGAGGGCCAGACCGAGGGACAGGGCAGCGGGUUUUCUGAUCAGACCCCAGACACGGAGGGCAGACGUCCUUCCCAGGACAGGCAGCCUGACCUCAAGGGCCUGGUGCGCAGCUGUGAGGGCCAGCUGACCUCUGCAGAGGCGGCCAGAGGGUACUGGGCUCCGUCCCUGAGGCCCUUGUGCAGCCUGCUUCUCCUGGAGAGACCCGAGUCCAGGGGGCCCACAGCCUGGAGCGCCGGAUCGCAUCGGAAAGGAGAACCAGACAACCCGGCUCUCAGUCGCCCCCCACUUACUCGGACCUCAUCUCUGUGAAAGGAAGUAGCCCUCCCUCCCCAGAAUUAAAAACGUGCUCUUCUCUCCAUGGCGGGCGCGCAAUGACCUGCA